AUGGUGGACACGGCUGCCGAGGUCGCCCAUUUCCGCUCCUUUCAGUGGGCCAACUCCCUCAUCUCCUCCGAGGACUACAUUCCAAUUGACACGGACUCGAGGCGCAUCAAGCCCACAUCCGGGGAAGAUGGAUACUUCGCCGAUACCUUAGGCAGUUCGUCUACAAUUCCUCAUCUGCUCACCCUCCAACGGCGCAAUAUCUCCCCCGCGCCCGCGGAGGUCCCAACGUGGCUCCCGGCAACCAAGAAGAAUGCCGGCGCAAAACCCACUCCGGGCGUAAACCCGCCUGAUGUGCUGAUGCUUGUUGAUCUGUCAAGCCCCGGGUUAUCGGGACACCCGUCUCGAGCGCAUGGUGGUGUUACGGCCACGCUGAUCGACGAGGCGAUGUCCUUGGCCGUUGCCGUACAUGCCAACGGUCCCGCAUCCCCACCCGCCUCGGCAGACGAUAAUCCUCGUGGAAAGAUCUUCACUGUCCAGCUGGAUGUGCGCUAUCGCGGGAAAGUGGACGUCCCGGCUUUGGCUGUUAUCCGGGCUAAGGUUGUCGCCCGCGUUGGUCGGAAGUUCUGGGUGCGGGCGCAGGUUGUGCAGGAGGAUGAGGAGGGCGCUGGUGGUCAUUUAGAAUGGGCGAAACGGAAGAUCGUGAAGGCGGAUGCUAUGGCUUUCUGGAUGACUACUCCGGAGACGCGUCUGUGA